GGGCAGGAGGCUGGGCCAAGCCGGCGUCCCUUUCCCGAGAGAGGGCAGCCGAGGGCUAGAAGGAGGGAGAGCCGGGCAGGAACGAAGAGCCAGGCCGGGCGUGGUGGCUCCGGGCGCCCCGCGAAGUUGCUCCGGGCCGGUCUCGCCCGCUGCAUGGGGAAGCGGCCCUGCCAGGCUCCGUCCUCGCUGCUCGGGGCGACUGCGACGGCGGGCGAGGGGACCGCGGGGCAGAGGCGGCUCGGCGGCGGGGCUCAGCCGGGCAGGGAGAAGCGCCGGAGGCCGCUGAUGGAGGAGGAAGAGGAAGAAGCGGCCGCCCUGCGGGAGCCCAGCCGGGAGAGUUCAUCACCAAAUGAAAUGGACGAAGAGCAGCCAUGCAAUUCCAAUUUGAAAGAAGAAGAAGUAAAGAAACGUCAGCAUUCGAAUCAAGGUUCCCGGGGUAGCAAUUCUUCCAGGACGUCGAGAAAAAGCUUCCGGUUGGAUUAUCGGCUGGAGGAAGAUGUAACAAAGUCAAAGAAAAGUAAAGAUGGCCGGUUUAUGAAUCCCUGGUCAACCUGGAAACCGGUAACCAUCCCAAAUGUCUUGAAGUGGAUUUUUACAGAAAAAGACAACAGCAAAGUCCCGAGUUCAAAACAGGUCCUUGACAUGCACCUCCCCGUGUUGAAACCUUAUUUCGUCCAAAACCCUGAACAAUUUGGAAAAACCGGAGUUGGUAUGCGAGUAACGUGGCUCGGACACGCGUCAGUCUUGGUAGAAAUGGAUGAAGUUACGUUUAUUACCGAUCCCAUCUUCAGCCAGCGGGCUUCCCCAGUGCAGUGUCUGGGUCCUAAGCGUUUCCGAGGCCCUCCGUGCACCGUCGGCGAACUGCCCAAAAUAGACGCGGUGUUGAUCAGCCACGAUCAUUACGACCAUCUGGAUUAUCCGACCGUCAUGAGUUUAAACGCACGUUUUGGCAGUGAAUUGAGGUGGUUCGUGCCUCUGGGCCUUUUAGAGUGGAUGCAGAAAUACGGCUGCGAGAACGUCAUCGAACUGGACUGGUGGGGAGAAAACUGCAUUCCUGGUCACGACGCCGUCACCUUUGUUUUCACGCCUUCUCAGCAUUGGAGCCAACGGACCGCCACGGAUGAAAACAAGGUUCUUUGGGGAAGCUGGUCGGUUCUGGGUCCCUGGAACCGUUUCUUUUUCGCUGGAGAUACCGGCUAUUGCGUUGCCUUUGAGGAAAUAGGGAAACGGUUUGGGCCGUUCGAUCUUGCAGCCAUUCCCAUCGGAGCCUACGAACCAAGGUGGUUUAUGAAAUACCAGCAUGUGGACCCUGAAGAAGCAGUACGAAUCCACAUUGAUGUACAAGCAAAGAAGUCCGUCGGGAUUCAUUGGGGGACUUUCGCUUUAGCCAAUGAGUACUAUUUAGAUCCACCUGUUAAACUGAAGGAAGCUCUUGAUAGAUACGGAUUGCAAACGGAAGAUUUCUUUGUUUUGAACCAUGGAGAAUCACGAGAUUUAAAUAUUAACGAUGACGGAUUUGAAUAGAAGCAGAAAAAACUUCUUAUUAACCAUAAUUGGGUGGGGGGAAUAAGAGUGAAUAUUUUUUUUUUUUGUAAAACAAAAAUUAAAUAGGCUUUUGAAGACUUCAGGCGUGUUUAAUUAUAACAACCUCUUAAAAAAACCUUGCAUACCGACUUUGUAACAUGAUUUUUGACGAACGAAUUAAUCGUAGAGAGCAUUAACCGAGCUACAAAUAACUUUUAAGUAAACAGGGAUUCUUCUAUGACAUAAACCUUUGUACAAUUGUUCGUUUGCUCUGGAACGGUAUUAAAAUAACUGCUAAGAAUUUAUUUCCGUCCAGACGCUCUUUUAACAGCAUGUGUUCAGUGCUUGGCGGAGCCUGGUUGCAUGUAAAAAUGAAUGUAAAUUUUAGUCUGACCACUAAUAUGCAAACUGACUAUAUGCAGAUCAGUGCUGAUGAGACCUACCUGAUACAGGUAUGUCUGGUGGUGAUAAGAAACUGCAGAAUCCUUCAAUCCUCUCCCACUCAUUCACUAAUCAAGAGAGGAAGAACAAAAGAUAGGCGUGUGAAGAUGCUGGGAUAAAAACACAAGGCUACGCCCAAAACGACACUUUUGUAUUCGUAACUGGGUGCUGGAUUUAUACACGAAUUGAAAACAUUUCCUGCCAUGCUGAAAUCUGAAUUUUGGGUUAGCUGUGAAGAUGAUCCAUAGACUUCACUUGGGAGCCACCAUUUUGUGUGCGUGUUUAGCCAGACACGAAGCCUACAUUAAAAGGGCGUUUAGAAUUCGCCAGGAUCAUUUCCUUGAUCAUUUCUACAGCAUGGCUGGUUUUUUUAAAAUACUAAUACUAACAUGACAAUAUUUUUAAAACUUUCCGCGUACAACCCCGUAUAUGGUAGUAAUAGCUGUGAUGGAAUCUUGUGUUUUGAACCCUGCAGCCUUAAUGGGCAAAGGACUAUUCAGACUUGGGGCUGAGUAUCUCACCCAGAGGGUAAUGCCAGGUGCCUUCAAAGCUGUCGAAUUGGUAGGAUUUGAAAUGAGUCUUCCAACGCGAGUUGCUGCUAAAAAGCACAUUGUAAGGAAAACCCAGAUUCUACCGAACGCGUACCGCACGUCUACUCGCAAACAUGGGAGCUUCGAUUUGAAACGGUCCGUUGAAACGUGCCUUUUCGAGAAUUUCGAAUGUGGGAAAUGCCUAACGUUGAUUGUGCUGCUGGCCAAAACAGUGUGUGUGUGUGUACGUUGUGCUGUGACAAUGAAUUGUUUGUUACCGUCCUCCAAAGCCUUCUAUUGUUUGAGAAUAUGACUGGCGAAGGUAAGAAAGCAUCGGUCGCUCCAAAAAAAAAAAAACCUUUACUCAGCUCCAUUUUGUUUUGUGUUUCUUUUCCUUACGGCAAUUGUGACGUCCAAAACCAGUAAUUUUAAGAACACGAUGUACGGAUUCCUUUACAAAGCGGAACUCCCUGAGAGUGGAUGAAUUUCUUCUGCAUUAAAAAACAUGACCAAAUAUGCUUGUGUGAACCUGCUACUUUGACAAUAAAUUGUUGCCCCAAAAUGUUCUUUUAA